AUGUUAAAUAGAUUAGAAAAUCUCGCAAAUGAAAUUUUACUUAUGAUAUUAAAUCAUAUAAGAUGGUUUGAAAUGAUUGAAUCGUUUUGGUCGUUAAAUAAACGCUUUAAUGAUAUUAUUUAUUUAAAACUUUCAAUGACUAAAAAUGGAAUUGUUAUUAGUGAGAAAUGUUUAUCUUUCAAUCAUUCUAAAAUUCUUCGUUUUGUUAAAUUAAAAAAACUUAUUCUUAAAAAAUGUUAUUUGACGAAAAAAUUGAUUGAACAUUUAUUAUUUCUUAUUGAAUAUCAAUUGGAUGAAUUAAUAUUUACUGUUGAUAAAGAUAUUUUUAAAUUAACUCAUUAUGAAAAAAUGUCUCGAAUAAUUCGUCAUAAUGAAGAAUCGAAAUUGAUGCUUAUGUUCAAAAAAUUCCUACGUACAUUAUUUUCUGAUAAAUGUCGUUUAAUAUCUCUUGAAGUUGAUAUAUCAAAUGAUGUUAGUGCCGUUGAUAUUCAUAAAUGUUUUUCAUUAUCUUCUAUUUCAAUUAACAAUGUAGUUGUUACUCAUUGUAUGACUCUUCGUUAUUUACAUAUUCAUUUAAUUUAUGGUUAUUUUCUUGAACGUAUUAUUGAGCAUGCACCUGCUCUUGAAACUCUUUCAGUUAUAUUCAAAGAUUCGUUAAUGAAAGAAUCAUCAUAUGAACCGAGUAUGAAACGAUUUGCAUCAACUAUUCUCAAUUGGUAUGAAAAGAUGCCAAAAUUAAAAUGUUUUUCUUUAAAAAGUGUUAUUCUCGACGACUUGCAAUUAGUUUAUUUAAAAUGGAUUAUUAAUAAUGUAUAUUACAUUGAAAAGCUAAAAGUUCGUUUAGAUAUAAAAACUCGAACGAAUGAAACUAAUGUUAUUGAUGUAAAUUAUCUUCGUGAAUAUAUAAUGCCUGAUAUAUUAAUUCAUUUGAUCGAUUUCGAUUUUUAUAUUGUAUCGAAAUGCAAAUUAUUAUUUGAAAAUGAUAUUGAAAAAAUAAUUGAUUCGUUUAAAAAUGAUCGAAUUUUUAUUGAUCGUUAUUGGACAAAUGUUAAAUGUUAUUUUGAUAGAGCUUUGUUAUGUCAACAUAUAUCAUCAAUCAGAAUAAUUAAACCGAAAUUAUUUGACAAUAUUAUAGAUUAUCCAAUGAUUUUUGAUUGGGAAAAUGUUAAAUGUAUGAAAAUUGAUUUAUGUCCAGCAAUUUAUUCAUUUCUGACUGAAUUUGAUAAAAUCUAUCCCCACAUUAGAUCUAUUGAAUUUAAUAUGGGACGACACAAAUAUCUUAGUCAUUUAGCAUAUUCGACGUUUUUGCAGUCAUCAUUGGACAUAGUAAAUGAUAUUCAUUUUCAAUACGUUACAAGACUUGAUUUUGGUUCUGGUUUUUGGCGUGGUUCUGCAUAUAAUGACCACUGUAUUAAUCGAACUAAACUACGUGCACAAGUCCUUGCCUAUCUUAUUUCAAUGCCAAUUCAGUUGAUUUAUCUUCGAAUCGAACAAUUCGAAUGGUUCUUGCACCUUAUUGAAUAUGCAUCCGAUAAACUAAGAAAAAAUGCAUUGACUACCGUUCGACACAUCGAAUUUUGUCUGUCGAGUUGUAAUUAUGGUUCAGACGAAUCGGCUCAUAUGGGUAAAAAUCUCGUACCUCUUCUCAGUAGUUUUACACCAUAUUUACAAACAUUGCGUCUUUGGCGGGAUGACGACUUUCCUUGGACAUCAAUUCGACCAAAAUAUGAAACAAAAUAUUUAUGUCAAGUUUUCAGUAGACAUUGGAUAAAAUCCUUACGAACAACUCAGUCGAUUACUGAACAUGUUGCUGUCUUUCAACAAGAUCUUUCUGAAUUAGUUGAACAAUUAAAAGAACUUGUUUUACUCGAUAUUUAUGGAGAAAUCAAUCGUGAAAAAAUCGAACCUUAUCGUUCUAUGGUUCAAAUGCAUUUCCCUAAUAGUCGAGUUCAUAUCGAAAUAACAAGAUUUCGUUUUUGGGUUUGA